AUGGACUUCGAAGAACGCUUAGCAAGAGCAGAAAGAUCGGAUUCACCUUCAUUAGUUGGUGCAUCGUUAAGAUCUGCGGACGACUCACCACACAAGAAUUACAUUCAUCCAGAAAAGUAUGUGUCGUCAAGAGCUGAAUCGAGAUCAAAAUCGAGAACAAGAUCAAGUAAAUUGAAACUGUCAAUCACUGCCUCUUUGGAUGAUUUGAUCAAUGAAGGUGCAUUGUUGGGCUCUGAGGAGGAUUUUGAUAAGUUCUUGGAUAGUGACGGUACUGUCAAGAAUGAGGCGAAAUACACUAAUAAGUUGGAUGAAGAAGGCAUCAAGGAAGAGGAUGAAGGAAAGGAGAGUAUCGAACCCGAAGAGAUUCAACAAAAGAUCAAAAAGGCGAUUGAGGGAGAUGAACCGUUGAGAGGAAGAAGUGCGAAAGUAGAGGGAAGAAACUUGGAAGAGAAUCCUGUAGGAAAAGAGAUAAAGCCAACUAGUUCCAACAACGCUGCAUCCUCAUUCUACAAGCAGAGUGACUAUUCUACCCCAAAUUUGUCAGACUAUCAAUUGGAUCAGAACAUUACCGACCACAAUGAUUUUGUCAGCCAUGUUAAAUCUUACAAUUUGGAAAAGUUACCUCGCUCUAAUCUGUCCGUGGGGGAUGAUGAGAAGGCUUCUACAUUGUCGAGACCAUCAUUCCACACUACAUUAUCCUCAGCGCAGCAACAGAGAUUAGAGAGUAGUUUGAAUCCUUUUCACACCGAUAGACCAAGAUCAAGAUCCAGAUCUGCUAACCCAACAUCACGAAUUGCCGCACGCUCAUCAUCAUCCUCAAGUCAUUUAGCUAGAGGCGAUUCGUAUAAGAAUGUUCAUGGAGAUGAGCCUUCCAAGUACGAGUUACCACCAUCUUUCUCAAAUGACGAAUUAAAGGAAUCGGAGGAAGAGGAUAGAGGAAGGGCAGCAAGGCCCACUUUGGGAGAUUCUAUUGCUGCUGCCGAGGCCAGGAAAGCUAGAGGAGAAAACGAUCCUUUUAUCCCUGAAUUCGAGUCUAAUCCAAUUAGUAGAGAACCCUCUUUGGUGACAACUGGAGAUUAUACCAAUUUUGAAGUGGACAACCCUCGCUCCCCAGUUAAAUACAAACCCAAUGCAAGAUUUAUCAGGUCUAGCUCAAGCCACCCAAUGGAUGAAAAGAAUGAUUCUAAUGUAGAUGGAUUGAUGGAGGAAGGUGCAUUGGUAACAGAUGAUCCGUAUGCGUCGAUAGAUCAAUUGGACAGCUUGAUGGAGGAGGUUUUGCAAGGAAAGAAAGAGUCAGGGCUGAAAGAAGGAGGUGAAAAAGUCAAACUGAAGAAGCACGAGAAGACAGACUUAAAAGAUGAAGGGGAUGCUAAAAAAAAGGGCUCCUUGGUGGAAGAAAAGGGAGAAGAUUUAGCGUCUCCAGAAUCCAACGAGAAGUCAAUGAAAGAGGAUGAGAAGAAUGUUGGGGACGUCACUACUUCAGUCAAGAAAGAAAUUAAAGAUGAAGUUACAAGUGACGAGCCAAAUGAGAAAGUAGCGGCAGAAAACUUUGACUCGCUUGAGGCAACGGAGUCCAAAGACACUGAAGAGGAAGAGAAUAUUACUUCAAGUAAAGAGCCGGCAAAGGAUGAAAAAGAAUCAACACAUGAAGAAUUAAUUGAAGAGGAUGCAAAGCGUGCUGAAGUUGAGGGAAAUGAGAAAGAUGAUGCCGAUACAACCACUUUGAAAGAAGAGGGCGCUUUGACCAGCGAAGAUCCUUUUGAGCUCGUUGAAGAAACUGAGUUGAGGGAAGGCGUGCCUACUGAUGACUCAAAAGAGAAGAAGUCCAAAGUACCAGAGGAGAGAAAGGAGGAUGAUAACGCAAAGUUAAGAACGAGCAAGACAAAACCAGAGGACAACUUGAUUCAGGGAUCGCUCAAUACCGAUGGGCCUGCUGACUUAGAGAAUAUCGAGAAAGAAGAAAAUGAAGGGCUCAAAGAGAACGCAAUUGAACAACAAGAAGAGAAUGAAGGAAAAAUACCUAAAGAUGAACAAGCAGAAAUGGAUUCGGCCGAGAAGAACAAACCGAACUUGAUUGUUGGUGGAGCCGAUGAAAUAGAACUGGUUGAUAAAGAAGAUUCAGAAGAGUCUAAACCAAAAGAGCAAGUUAAUGAUGAGGCGCCAUCCAAUGAAGGCACCGAGAUAGAAGCACUGAAGUCUAAGGACAUUGACAGCUCUAAGUUGUCCAAACAGGAGCAAGUUGACGAUGAAUUACAAGCGGGUAAAGACAAAACCGAUGGAGAACCCACGUUGAUAACUUCGGAAGAAGAUUCAUCUGACAAGUUAUUAAGAGGAACUCUCAAUGCAGAUGGUCCUGAAGACUUGAUUGAGGAAAAACGCGAACAUACUGGAAAGGAUGUUCAGGAAUUACACUCGAAGAAGGAUGCUGAGACAACUGAGGAGACUGGGGAUAAGAAAGAACAUGAAGUAAAGGAUGAGUCCAGUAAAACAGCCGAAUCAGAAGAGACUGAGUCAGCCGAUGAUACUACACCAACAGCUGAAUCAACUAAAGAAGAUGAAACACCCGAGGAAGUCGAAGCAACUAAAGAUACUCAAGAAACUAAAUUAUCUGAUACUUCCGAUCGGGCCGCUGUAUCUAAAGAAGCUGAAACUGAGAAAGAAAACACCGAAAGUGCUGCGGCUGAGAAAGGCAUUGACGCAGUAGCAACUAAGGUUGAAACAGGCAGCGAGUUAACAGUGAAGUCUCCUGAAGGUGGACUUGAAGAAUCACCAACCACAAAACCAGAAAAGAAAGCUGAUGUUAUCGAUGAAUUUGAUGAUUUGGAAGACAUUUCUCCAGAAGAAAUUCGCAAACAUCUUGAAUUGCAACCAAUUUAUAUCUUUACUUCAUUAGCCGGUGGCGCUCAAAUUAUUCCACGGACCAACAGACUAGCAACAAUAUUGCAAGCUAAUGGAAUUAAAUUUGAAUAUAGAGAUUUGGGUACUGAUGAAGAAGCUAAAAAGAUUUGGCGUCGACAGGCUGCUGGUAAGACUUUGCCAGGUGUGGUUAGAGGUGACGAUUUUGUUGGAAAUUGGCAAGAAAUUGAUGAGGCUAACGAAGAAUAUCAAGUGAAGGAUUUAUUGUAUAGCUUUUAG